UUCUUUUUUUUUUUUUAUCCUUCUUCUUCUCCUUCUUUCAUUAUAUUAUAUUAUAUUAACAUGGUACUUAAAACUAAAUUGACUGAACUUGUUGGUAUUGAACAUCCUAUUGUCCAGGGUGGUAUGCAAUGGGUAGGUGUUGCUGAACUAGCAUCUGCUGUUUCCAAUGCUGGUGGUCUUGGACUUUUAACUGCAUUGACUCAACCUACUCCUGAAGCUUUACGUGCUGAAAUCCGUCGUUGUCGUACUAUGACCAAUAAACCAUUUGGUGUCAAUCUUACAUUCUUACCAGCCAUGACUCCUCCUCCUUAUGAUGAAUAUGCUCAAGUUAUUGUCGAUGAAGGUAUUAAAGUGGUUGAAACUGCUGGAAAUAACCCUGGCAAGUAUAUCAAAAAAUUCAAGGAAGCUGGUAUUGUGGUUUUACAUAAAUGUGUCUCUGUAAGACAUGCAUUAAGUGCUCAAAAGCUUGGUGUAGAUAUUAUUUCCAUGGAUGGUUUUGAAUGUGCUGGUCAUCCUGGUGAAAAUGAUAUUGGUGGGUUGAUCUUACUUGCUAAAUCUUUCAAUACAUUGAAGAUUCCUUACAUUGCUUCUGGUGGUUUUGGUGAUGGUGUUGGUUUAGCUGGUGCUUUAGCCAUGGGUGCUGCUGGUAUUAAUAUGGGUACUCGAUUUAUGUGUACAGUUGAAUCACCUAUUCAUCAAAAAAUCAAGGAAUCUAUUGUUGCUGCUGAUGAACAUCAGACACAAUUGGUUUUUCGUCCUUUCCGUAAUACCUCUCGUAUCUUUAAAAACAAGGUAGCCAUCGAAGUUAACAAACGUGAACAAAACCCCAAUGUCAAGUUUGAAGAUGUUAAAGAUUUGGUUUCUGGAGCUCGUGGACGAAAUGUAUAUACUACUGGUGAUCCUGAAUACGGUGUAUGGACAGCUGGUCAAGUCAUGGGUCUCAUCAACGAUAUUCCUACCUGUCAAGAAUUGGUCUCUCGUAUUGUAGUUGAUGCUGAAACUAUUAUUACCAAACGACUCAACUCUAUGGUUGUUCCCAAAUCUCGCCUUUAGACUAGAUAGUUUAUUUCUCUUACCUUUUUUAAUGAAUAAAAAAAAUAAUAUGUUUUUAAUAUAUAG